AACAUGGCCGUGAUAGUUGGCUGGAUAGCUGAGUCCGUCCGGGAGAUUUUACAGAUCUCUGGGCUGACUCUGCAGUCUUUCCUUGUCUUCUGUACGGCCUUUAUCCUGGGGUGUUUCCUCUUGAAGCCCCGCAGAAACCUGCCUCCCUACCCGGCAGGACGCGUGCCUGUUCUCGGGCACCUCCUCGCCUUGGGCCGAGCGCCUCACCUCAAGCUGACGACGUGGAGGCGGCAGUACGGGGACGUCUUCACCGUCAGGAUGGGGAUGGAAAAUGUGGUGGUUCUGAACGGCUACGCUGCCGUCAAGGACGCGCUCGUGGACAGGUCCGAGCUGUUCGCCUCCAGGCCGCAAAUUACCUUGCUGAUGCGAUCGAUGGUUGGCUUUGGAAAAGACAUAGCAUAUGCCCGCUGGGGAACCGAGUUCAGACAGAGAAAGAGGUUCGCCACCGCCGUCAUGAAGAACCUCGGCAUGAAGGUGGGAACUGGCAGCAUUGAGGAGAAAAUCCGAGAAGAGGCGAGCUUUCUCCGUAACAGGAUUGCAGAAUACAAUGGAAACCCCUCCGACAUCGCUCAUGACAUCUCCGUGGCGGUUUCAAACGUCAUUUGUUCCAUGAUGAUGGGGGAGCGGUAUGACUACAGGGACGAGACAUUCCGGCAACUUUCAGAGGCAGUCGUCAGGAUGGCGGCUGAAGUUACAGCUGGACAGAUCAUCAACGUUUUCCCCUUUCUACGCUUUGUUCCUAUCGUGAAUAGAGCCGGAAUCAAUGUGUUGCAAGAGGCCUCCAAGAUUCAAAAUGUGAUAAAAGAGAAGAUGUCUCGCCAUCGCGAGAACCCGCGAGACUUCCUGGACUUCUGCCUGCUGGAGGUUGAGAAGCAGGAGAAGGUGGAGGGUCUGACGGAGGAGAUCGUUGUGUACAUGGCUCUGGACCUCUUCCUGGCGGGAAUAGAGACAACUACCAACACUCUACGCUGGAGUCUGCUCUACAUGACUCUGAACCCGGACAUCCAGAAUAAGGUACUGCUGAACCUGUACUCCCUCCACAUGGACCCCGCCUACUGGCCUGAUCCGGACCGGUUUGACCCCGGAAGGUUUCUGGACGCGGAAGGAAACGUCGUCAACAAGCCUGAGUCCUUCAUGCCGUUUUCAGGAGGCAGACGUGUGUGUCUCGGGGAGCAGCUGGCCAGGAUGGAACUGUUCCUGUUCUUCUCGACCCUGCUGCAGUCCUUCACCUUCAGGACGCCAGAGGGCGCUCCUCCUCCAACCACUGACGGCGUCCUUGGUCUGACGUUGACGCCGCAUCCGUUUAAACUUUGUGCGAUCCCGCGUUAGUUUUAUUGGGUUUAUAAUAUAAGGUAAUUGUUGCAAAAUUAAGGACAUAAAAUUCUGUCCUAUAUAUGACAGAAAAUUGGACAUAAAAAACUAAGACACAUUUUGGAAUCCUACACCAAAUCUUACAUUGACUAAAACCGUACCCUGUCACAGGUCAUUAACCACUGUUCUGAAUUUACAAACAGGCGAGGGUAUGAUGAUCCCUGAUUUGAAGCACGUGACCCUGCUUCUAUAACAUAAACAGGUAAAGCAGGAAGAAAGAAAAAGGACUUUUCUUUCAAACCUUACAUACACGGGUACGCUUAUAGACGUGUGGCAGGUCGUUCAGAACUAGUCCUAGUGUUCCUUUAUCGAUUUCAAAAUCACCCACAUUUCCAUGGACGUAUUCACGUUAUGUGACUACCAACACGCAUCUGAUUCAAUACAGGGGGCGGUAGGAUUGUGUAGCAAGACUUUAUAUAACGUUAUACAGUAGACGACUCUAUAGUGUGUUGAAUUUUACCUGGAUCGAAGUCAUCGUAGUUAGAGUAGACACCAAACCCACAGCGGCCAACAAUGCCACAAGACUGACCCACAAUAAACGGGACACGGUGCGUAUUUUAAUCACGAGUAGCUACUAGCUACGAGGUUCACACGAGAUGCUAGGUCAAAGGCAACGCUUCCGCGUCUCGUUCCCAGGAUCCUUCGAACAAGCCCAUGACAAACCUCUAAAUUUUUUUAAAUGGAGUUAAACUAGUACGCACGACGAAUGUUCAAUCUGAGAAACUUUCAGCUGGCAUCCCCCAUCUUUUAUCAGCUCAUAAGAGUGGUCACGUGACCUAGGUGUCAAGGGUCACCCAGGUCACGUGACUGAACGAGGGAGUGUGUGGUCGGUGGGAGUCUGUGGCGUACUUGGUCGCUUUUCUCAGGAUUAAAAAUGCUUCAGAAGAAGAGAAGUUUUUAUCGUGUUAAACCGAACCAAAAGGUGUCAGAAGAGACAAAAGGGAGU